AUGGGCGCCGAAGUGUCGAAGUAUCUGGAACAGGACGCUCUUCAAAGCGACAAUGGAGUUUUGCUCGAAAACCAAUUAAUUCCAAUCAACAGCUCCGUCGCCAGUGUACGACGCACCAGCGUCGACGUCGCCAAUCGCUCGCAAAUGUUUGCGUAUUGUCGGCAUUGGGAUCUCGUCCGACUGACAGAAUUCCUGCGUUGGUACACGGACCUAGUCAAAGUGAAGAAAAAGCAGACAGAAGGCAGUGGCACCAGUGGAUCAACACUUUCGGAUACCUCAGAGUUGCACCAAACAGUCGAUCGGCUUUCGAAGGAAGUUGCUGUUCUGGAGAACCUUUUAGAACAACUAGAAGUAGAAAUUGAAAGUGUUAACGUGGAGAAAAAUGAUUCCGAAUUUCCGAGUAGAGAGCAGUUUGGAGAGGAUUUAGAGAUGGAGGAAGCAAUAGAAGACGACUCACCUGCACCUGAAGAAGAAUUUUUAGCUAGGAAACAGAAGUUUGAGCGUGAAUUACGGGAGAAGGCGCUGGCUCUGCGCGAGCUGAAGCUGCAUCUUCUUGGCUCUAUAGAGGGUGUUGAGCUCCGACAAAUUGUGCAGUGGCCGUUGUUUAUCAAAGCUGUGACUCAUGUUCAUUUCCAGGAAACUGUGCGAUCCAGCAGUCAGUCCAGUGCUGAGUGGCAUCCAGCAUGCUCAGGUUUUGCCAUGCAACGUGAAAAUCAAGCGAAGUCGGCGCUCGAUGAAUACAACAAAGGUGAUAUCCUAUUGCCACCUCCUGCAAAGCACGAGAUUGAUGGUCACACCGACGAUAGUGCGAGUAGUUCAGCAGCGAGUGGCGACGAUAGCGAGACCGAAGACAAAGAAGACGAAGAAGAAGGUGAACAGGAUGACAAAAGUGAGCUGGACGAGGUUGAAAAUGCUGAAAAAAAUUCAAAAAAUCUGGAUAAUGAGGAAGAAGACGCAGAUGGUAACGAAGUGGAAGACAGCGACAGUGAAGAAGAAGAGCCCGUCCAUCCAGUAGCGUCGAUACCAGAUGAAGACGUCGAAAAACAGCCACUAAAUGAGGAGAAUUUAGCUGAACAUGCCAUCGACCAGAUGCCUCUCGAUGGCCGUGCUAAGGUUGAAGCAAUGCUGAAGAAACCUCGAGUUAUUAAGCGCUCAGUUCCUGACUUGUUCGACUCAUCGACACGAAGUCCCAUCUUCUUCGGAUACUCGUACGAGAAGCAGAAGAACCGAGUGGACGAAGCUUUGGAAAGCGACAAUGCGUCGACAACAAAAGAGGAUUCCAUCUUUGAAAUGAAAAUCCAGUAUCAGAAAGAUAAACUCGCGUCAACUCUUGCGUCUGAGAAAGGAAAACUACAGAUAUUGACACAGAAAGAGAACGACCUAAAAGUAAAGCGAGAGAAACACUGGGCAAAGCGCCAAGCGGAGUUUGAACGCGCGAAGAAGGAGCUGGAUCCAAACGAUGUUUUCUUUCGAACACAGGAGGCGCAAGAUGAGAAGACAAGGGGACAGGAGGUCUUCGAAGAUGCAGAGUUAACUCGACAAAAGCAGAAUAUCGACGCAAGAAUGAAAGCAGCAGAGCAAGAAUGUGCGAAAUUUCUUGAACAAGUUGCUGCCGUACGUUGCGUCGAUCGUCCGCUGGGAGAUACGAGGUUAAUGUUCCAUGGAGAAGAACUGGAACGGUACGCACGAGAGGUUAAUGCAGCAAAAGGUGCUCUGGCAUCGGCUCAGGAGGAAUAUGCGGCGCUUACGACGUCGAAACUGCGAGCUCCUGGUCAAGAAGCAAAGCUCCGAUCUCAAGUUUUGUUUGCGGAAGAUCAAAUUAAGAACCGGGAGAAUGAACUGGAGCGUGUUUGCCGUCUCCACGAGAACGAACAAUUCCUAUUUACUCGUGCUCAAGAAGUGUUUGAUAAGGAACAAUUAUUCGUUCCUCUGUUCAAGGCUCUAAAUUCUGGAAAUCCAGCGAUCGUUUCAGGCAAAGGAGAGGAUUUUACCUUCCAAUUAGUGGACCUUGCUAUCGCUAUGCUAGUAGGAGCUGGGAGCUGUUCAGUGGCUGACAAGAUCAAGUUUCUCUUCGACAUUUUUGCUCAAGAAAGUAGGAAUUUUGGUGCAAGUUCCAUUCGCUUGCUGUCCCUCCAAUCUUUAGCGGAAAUUAUCCGUAUCGUCUUUAGUGUUCUCUCACGUAUUGGAGAUAUCCACCUCCCGCGGAUUUUGACUCGAGAAUAUAUUAAGGAAUUCGUGGAACGAGAGUUCUUGAAGUUAAACAGCUUGAAUUCUGAGACCAAUGCGAGUGAAAUAAAGACGAUUCCUGGCAUGACACUACACGAAUUCAACAACUACUGCAUCGAGACGAUAGAGAGCUCCAAAUAUCUAUGCGGAUUACUUGGACUGUCAUGGAAAUACCAGCAGUUAAGUCGGUUUGUGAUCCAGCAUAUGAGUCCAAUCCAACAGUACAGACUCGGAUUAAUCAACGUCAACGACUUGAAAUACACAGUCGCUCGACAAAUGACUCAACCGCGCGAGGAAUUAUCUUGUUGGAAGAAGGCAAUUAUCCAUGAACGAGCGUUAGCAAUGGGGGAAAAUGAUCCGCUGAAAACGGAUUAUUCCAAAUAUCUCCCAAAGCGCCGAAGCAAGUUAUUAUCCAAUGUGGUGCCUUUGGAUCAUGGAGGAUAUCGCAAUUUAUUACAUUACCGCAUGGAAGUAAUAUUACGCUCAGCAGUCAAACUUCAGGCUACUUGGCGUGCCAAAAAAGGCAGACAAGUGGCUCGAUUGGCAGCCGAGAAGCAGGCUUUUUACCACGCUCGAGGGCUUGCUUUAGAAGAAUCUCGCCAGAAAAUAGAGAAGGAAUGGAGUGAUCGAGCCGCCAAACCUGCACAUAGUGUGGAUAAAAUGAAACUUGAAGCUAAAAUUCGCAUGAAGCAGGUGAAAUUACGCACAAAAGGGAAUAAUUUCAGCCGGGAACAAAUUCUCGCCCUUAUGGUGGAAGAAGCCGUUCAAAUAGCGCAAAAAGAGGUGGAAAACCGGUUCCGAGAAAUGGAAGAAGAGCUCGGAUAUCUAAAACACACUGAGUCGCUACAGCUACCACACACAGAGAUGGAGUAUCUUAAGCCUGAAAUUGCUAAAGGAUUGGUCGCUCAAUUGGUCCACGCGAAGCAAGAAUCACCGUCAGUGGGGAAUAUGCUGGAAACUAUCGCUGGAAAUGAAGAACUUGCACGUCAGAAGGCUGAAACGAAGAAACGCAAACGAGAAGGAUCCAGUGGUUUACCUCCUGAAGUUCCAGAGACUGAUACAAGUGAAGAAAUCGAAAAGCAUUUUGUCGAUAAAGAAACUUCUGCAGCUCGAGAAUUUCGAACGAAAGCGAGGAAAGAGAACAUGUUGCACGGUCGAUUUCCGCCUGAGUUGUAUUCUACAGGGUUUACAAUUGAUGAAUUAACACUACAGAUGACUCUGGCGUUUCCAGAUCCUCCGUUAAGUAAAUUACGGGAUCGACUUAAACAGAUUUGUGACGGAAUGACGGAUUUUAAGCUAGCAGAAUUUCUACAAGAACUACCAUCAAAACGUCAUAUUUGCGACUACGCAACUGCAUUUCGCCGCCGUGAUGGAUCCUAUGACGUGGAAGCCAUGGAGACAGAUUUGUAUGGUCAUUUCCGUAUAAUUAGAGGCUCUACGCAACUCGCUGCUGCUCUGGUAAACAUUGCAGAAACCGAUUUGGAAUUUGGCUUGACACAGCAAUUAUUGAACACAAUUCAAGAGGAAAACGAGAAAAUUUUGACUCAAAUGGUCACUGCUGAGUGCCAGAAAAUUGCUAAUGAAAAUUCUCUAACGAUGGCUAAAAAAUUAAUUCGCAUGGGAUACAAAAGUGAGAUCGAAAAUAACGAAAACUCGGAUGAAAGAGAAGACCAACAGCGUAUUGAUCCUAGUAGUUUAUUCUUACAAAAAGAGAGGCAUGUACUGGACCAGCGACGCAAAAAAGCACUAGAAGCACACAAUCAACUUGUUGAGGCCAUGAAAGCUUGGAAAGUAGCGGAGUUGUCGCUGUUGGAGACGGAGAGUAAUCAACUACGAGUUAGUAAAACGUACCCUGUUUUACCAACACAUCGUACAAGAUGGAGUGAACGGUUCCAGAAUGCUCUCGGUCUUAAUGAAGCUGACUCGGACCAGAUCCAAGCCAAAUACACGGAAAUCCUGCACAUUUGUCAGGAUUUUAUUGAAACUGCAAGUGCAAUCGCCUUAGUGCUGGUACGAGAAUUUUACUUACCACUUCGAGAAAAAUCCAUUCUUCCAACCAGAGAAUCUGUCAUAGAUGGUCGAAAAGAUAAUAUCCGUAGCACUUCUCGAAUAAAAUACGAAGCGCACGAUAUUCUCUUCAAAAUCUGCACAGAUGACCACGGACGCUUUGAGAAUUCCCACGAAUAUGCAGCAAAGGCUGGUGGUCACGAAGUCAGGAACUCUUCUAUUUAUCUUCGAGAACUUAGCAGUUAUGGUAAAAUCCGUGUUCCGCUGCAAUGUACUGUGGAUUUUCAGGGAUUCCGCGUGCUUUGUUCAUCUAAAAUUCCGGUUGAAAUCAUCACGUGGAACGAAUCUGGAGACAUCCAACGCGUGUCGAAGCAGCUUGUUCACGGGAGUGACAAUCGCGGUAGAACCGUGACUUUCCAGAACAAAGAACUCGACGAAGCUUUAUCCAGCGUCGCUAGUCGACUCAAUCUAAAUCGUCACAGUGCUAGAGGCUAUGAAGAUCUCACGUCCAAGAGUAUAAACGCAGCGGCUGAUAUACUCGGUUACCUCAGCUCAAAAAAGCAGCUCGUUGUCCUGAAUUUUUCGAGGGCAAUGCCACCCGAAGAUCCAGAUAUUACACGUCACUUGUUGCAGUCCACUCGAGGUAUGAGUAUACUAUGGCGUCAACUGCGUCCAGAACUUGUAAAAUGCUUCAAGAUCCCUCUAUCUCCUGAUGCAUUAUCAUCAUUAACUUACCGCACACCGGAUUGGCAAACACAAGCGCUUGGCGUCGAAGAAGCUACGAAAUAUCUGGUUAAAGAGGUUAUCCCAUUGUUCGCAGUCAAGUUAUCACAAAAAUCGGACUAUUUCGAUUCCCCCGAGUUCGAUUUAGUGAAGGAAAUGCACAGACACGGUAUUAAUAUGCGGCAUCUUGGUCUUCUGCGUGCUCAGUUUUUAUUCCAGUUGUCAGGAACUGCCACGCUACAGUAUUCCACUGCUGAGAUUCAAACUUCCCAAGACUUUACACGAGAAUUGGAACGAGGAUCGCAGGUGUAUAUUAACGGGAAAAUCAGUACUGUCAGUCGAGAUUGCAGCCAUCGCUUUGACGCGACGUGUAUAACACUUACUAGUCCUCACAUGGGAGAUUCUAUGCAGAAUGUUAUGGUAUAUAAGGGUCGACUGGAGUGUAAAGAAAAAUCUUUCACCAUACGGCGUUUUUUACUUGCAGAAAUGGUGGCACGAACUUUUAAGAACAUCGUACGUCACUUCAUGCGGCAAGCUGCUAAAACCAGCUCAACUGGGUUAACACCAAUGCUCCAUAAGCAAAUUUUGAUGCAGUCACUAAAUCUAUUAAGUGGCAGUCGAAGAGGAAGCGAAACUCUGUGGAAAACCCAUAUUUUCGAGGGAAUCCGUGCUCGAUUUGGUUUGAGAGCAGUGUCGGAAGUUGACAAGCAAAAUUUACGCAGGAAUCUCCUUCCUGUACUCGAGUAUAUCGUUCGUAGGGUGACGGGCAUGAUGGCUAUUCCAAUCACUCCGCUGUGUUUGGAGCGUGUGGCACAAUUUCCAGAUUGUUACACGUUCGUAUUGGACGAUUUAGUACCUUCUGGCGAUUAUUACCGCGUAAAACACAACGUGUCGAUGCUGUAUUUUUCUAUGGCGUCUCUGCUGCUGCUUCAAGCGACAGUUAAGCAGGCCACAUCAUACAAACAGCUCGUUGUAUCGGACGAACCAAGUGGAUAUUGGCCGCUGUGUGACCGACGAGGGACAUUAGAAGCAGCAAAUCUCGGCUGUUACGAUGGAUUUCAAGGCAAAUAUAUGCCUGGUUGCACUCUUGAAGGUGAAGGACCGAUCAUGAACGCAGAUAUGAAUCGAUCUCUAGUCCUUCGGAAGGCUUCGCGUAGUUGUGUUCAAUUCCCAUACGACAAGAGAUUUUAUCCGGAAAAUGUCGAUUCUCACGCGUCAUUAGAGACGUGGUGUCGAUGUGAUGGUCAUGAGAGUACAAGGAGGGUAGUAUUGACACUUGGACGCUUUUGUAUCAGUGCAUUGAAAGCGAACGUAUGGGCGUUUAGUAUCAACGUGAACAGUAUUGAUAUUUUGGCGUUUGGAUCUCAAGUUAUCAUCGGAAAGUGGACUCAUUUGGUCGGAACGUACGACGGGACUAUACUGCGCUUUUACGUGGAUGGAUUACUACAAAAUGAAGUGGAAGUGGAGAAUGUCGUCGACUUGGAAAUCCAAAAACGAGAAGCGAUUAUGGCAAAAACGCGGGAAGAUAUCGCGGAUCUGGAAGACGAAGCGAAAGGCGCGUGUUUCAAAGAAAUCGACCACGAAACCAAGCAGUUCUUCGCCUCUAAAGAAGGUAGAAAACAGAUCAAAGCGAUCAGUACGAAGCUCUUUGAUGAGCACGAGUUUCGUGUUAGAUUGUCUCGAAAUGUUGCAACUGGAGAGGAUGGCAACUCGCCAAAGAAAAAUGAUAGUGCAGUAAAGAAAGAUGCCUCCAAAGUGUCGCGGGCAGACUUUGAACCCGUGGCGAAGAAGCAAAUUACCCGAGAGAAGUUUGAUGCUAAGUGGAUGAUCCUCGCCGCAGAGUUUAAGGAAAUGAGAGAACGAGUAAAUGUGAAAAUCCAACGAGAGCUUGACGAACAAUCUAACCAAGAAACGCGUCAGCUGCGGAUUGGAUGUUUGUCCUCAGUCCGACGAAAAGAUGGGAAGUACUUUUUUCACGGAAAUAUCGCUCAUGUUGCCUAUUACAAUGGCAAAAUUCUGACUCGCGAUCAAAUAAACGCUCACUACGUAAUGGGAACUCGUGAUCGUGCUCAUGAAUCCGAUCACUUAUUUGCGUUAGCGUCUAGUCGAUUCUCACGAGCUCUUGAGUACGCACCGGAUGAUAAGCGGAUGCUGGAGAAAUUUGCGGAAAAUAUUUGUGCUUCACUAAAAUACGACGUGGAUCAUCAACACGCGCGGGAGACCUAUAAGAAGAAGGUUCGGUGCGGACUCAAGCCGUUCAUUGCGACGGAAAACGCACAUGGUAUUGCUGAAGUGAUGAAGAAUCUGCCUCGAGAGCCGAUUUUCAGUGAUCUUUUCUUGCUUUGUUAUCACAAUAUUCUGAAAAUCCAGUCGGAUUAUUUCCAAGCGACUGAGUCGGAGCUGUGUCGACUGCCACUUCGAGAGCUUGCGCGCAUGCCGUUUGCUUUCUUCUUGGGGUCACGAUCAGCGGAUUCACUGGUAAAUAUCAUGAGCUGGUACGAUCACACCGAUGACGAGGACGAAAUAGUGGCGACAUUUGCAGAUAUUAUCUGCAAAGUGCUGGUAGAGUUUCCAACAUUUUACGGAGAUCAACUGACGAACAUGGUGUGGCUGCGCGAUUUACAGAAUCCCAAGGCCGUAAUCUACUUUGUAUUAUCGUUGGAGUCGGGUGAAGAUGUUCGUAUUAUUGAUCUCAAAGACGUGCUGGAUAUUUCUGAGGAGGACAUGGAUACUAUCACAAAGAACAACAGAUUCUGCACUGGUUUCCACCUUGCUCGCUGCUCUCAGUUAUCCGAUGCUACUAUGCGGAGGAUAGCGUUCUGCUGUUCGCAGCUUGAAGAGCUGGAUAUUUCGUACUGCACAUUGAUCACUGAUCUGGGACUAGCGGCAGUGGGGAAAUAUUGCAAUCGACUAAUUCGUUUAAAGAUGAUUCAUUGCUCUCAGAUUCGAGACGUUGGAGUAGAAGCGAUCGUCCGUACAAACCCAAGGCUGGAGGAGUUAUCACUUAGUUUUUGUGAAAGAAUAACCGAUCGAUGCUUUCUCACUAUUGGCAAAUCCUGUCCUGGAUUAACAUCAUUGGAGGUCGAACUCUGUGUUCAACUCGGUAAUAGCGCGCUGAAAUAUCUGGCAACAAUGCUGAAAAAUCCGACAAAAUUGAGAAAAUUAAAUGUCGGUGGAUGCCGACGUAUUGGAGACGAAGGAUUGUUAGAAAUCCUAAAAGUGUGUACUGGACUGCAGAAAGUGAAUCUUCGUCUUUGCGACAGGAUGACUGAUUUCUCUAUCCGAACCUUUACUCACAACUGCUUAGAGCUCGAUACUCUAAACGUUGAGGAGUUAAGUGCGUUAUCGUAUAAAAUCUUCGUAUUCGACCAAGAAGGAGAUGGUCGCGGUGUUGUGGAUAAAAAUCUACUCCUCAAGAUGAAAUCGCUCGAUCUUACCGGUUGCACUGGUUUAAACGAUUUAUCUCUUGGCCAUUUGGGUCAUCGAGCUAAAACGCUAGAGUCGUUAAACCUUUCGGCGUGCACAGAGUUAACCGAUCAAGGACUUGUGUGGCUUCUGGACGAUAUGUUGGAUCACUCGGUUGGAGGCACACAUUUGAAACAUUUAGAUGUUAGCUAUUGUCCUAGCUUGACAGCUACUGGGAUCUAUAAAGUGGUGCUGCGUUGUCAAUCUCUCGUGUCACUGAGCUUGUCUGGAUGCACACAUUUGAGCGACACCAACAUCAUUGAUAUCGUCAAUUCUUGUGCCAAGAUUGUCAAGUUAGAGCUGGCGUUUUGCCGUGAGUUAACGGACAACGUGUUGCGUGCUAUCGCCAAGCAUUUGAGUCUGGAAGAACUAAACUUAUCGCGGUGCGUUCGAAUCACGGACGACGGGAUGCUCGAAAUCGCAGGACAGUCCGCCGUGCUUCGCCGUUUAAACGUGUCAGCAUGUAAGAAACUGAGUGAACGAACGCUGAUUGCCUUGCUAGAAGGAUGCCGACUACUGGAAGAAAUGGACGUCACACAUUGUCCACUGUUCUUGCCGGAAACGCUUGCUAGAUUUGUCAAGAGGAAAGUGAAAGUAACUUGCCGAAAACUUGAAGAAGUUUUGGUCACCACUGCGUUAGAGGCGAUUGAGUCGAACGAGCAGGAGGAACGCGAAGAAGUCGAGAAGCAGCAGCGAAAUGAUACCAGCUCCGAGGCUUUGAACUAUAUGACGCCAGAGCGUCGAGCCAAGUAUGCGAAGACACUUCUUGCUGCAAAUCCUGGGGCAUCUGAAGGGCAGAAAGCAUCGAACAAUUUACCACCGAUAGUGAGAAGAAUUGAGUAUGAAGAUUAGAUUUACAAAUAUCUAAUAUCUAAUGUAGCA